UAACAUAACCCACUUCUAGUCAAGUUACAUUAUAACUUUUCAAAUAUUCGGUAUGGAGAAGCUCCUGUUGGGCCACUACGAUUUUCCAGACCAAUCCCUCCGCGAACUGCCAAUCGAACUAUAAAUACCGGUCAAGAAGCAAGAUCAUGCUACCGAGCACAUCCUUAUUGGUUAAAGACAGCACGGCAGUAUAUUAAUAAGGUCCCCCUAGAUGAGAUAAAGCACGAAUGGUUCGAUAUAAACAAUCCGCCUUUACAUGAUGCCAGUCAAUCCGAAGACUGUUUAUUUUUAGAUGUGAUGGAAGAGUUCGUCUAUGUUUCCAUAAACUACAGACUUGGUCUUUACGGUUUCCUAGGUGGACCACUUCUGAAAGCCGAUGGAGAUGCAAAUGCAGGUCUGCUUGAUCAAAGACUAGCUUUAGAAUGGGUCCAGGAGUUUAUUUACUUAUUUGGAGGUGACAAGAACCGAGUUACUGUCAUGGGUGAAUCGGCCGGCGGUGGAUCCAUACUACAUCAAAUAACUGCAUAUGGUGGAAUGAGAGGUCCCCCGCCAUUUCAACAAGCUAUCCUACAAAGUCCGGGGUUCCAGCCAAAUCCAGGAAGUUAUCAACAAGAAAGAAUCUCACAUCAUGUCUUGAACGACGCAAGUAGCUUUUCAAAUAGAUCGAUUACAACUAUUGAUGAUUUACGAACAGUGGAUACUCGGACAUUGGCUAAAGUCAAUGAUUUCAUCGUUGCAAAUUCUCCUUAUGGCCUUUAUACAUUCGGUCCAACUAUCGAUGGAACCUUUGUACCAGCACUCCCUGGUCAAGUUCUAGCUGAUAAGAAUUUUCACACUUCUCUGGCAUUAAUGAUAGGAGGAAAUGAUCAAGAAGGUGUUUUGUUCACUUCACCGUAUAUUUUGAACCAGGCAGAUUAUGUUGCCAAUCUUAAAUGGUUGUUUCCAAGGGCUCCCGAUUUGUUAAUUUAUGACAUUUUCGCCCUUUAUCCCGACCAAUUCGAUGGGAAAUAUGGUUAUACGAGUGAAAUGAUGAGGGCGGCUGUUACUAGUGCAGAGUCCUGCUUUGUAUGCAAUACGAGAUACCUGAAUGCUAAAGUCGGAAACAAGUCAUACGUUUAUUCAUUUAAUGUACCUCCAGCAUUACACGCAGACGAUGUUGCAUAUACAUUUUAUAAUGGUCCGGGGAGUGUUACAUGGGAUGGAAAACCUGUAUUUGGAGGCGCGGCACUUUCUCUUCAAGAUUACAUUGUGAAUUUUGUGACUACUGGUACUCCGAAUGGAAGAAGGGUUCCUGAUUUUCCUCAAUAUGGAAGCGAAUCGAAUGUUUUGAGUAUUAACUCAUCCUUUUUGGGAACUAUCUCUGUUGAUCCUUUAGUAAGGGGGAAAUGUGAAUGGUGGCAGAAAGCGCUUUACUAUUGA